AGGUUCAGUUCAUUUUCUAUCUCUACUGCUUAUUGAAGGUGUAUAUAUUAAUGGACUGGUUAUGUGGGCUGUUCAUCUACCUGUAUAGCAUCAUCUGAACCACAGAUUUUAAAAAGAUGUCAUUAAGAAAAGAUGAGAAAUCAAAUGCAUACUUGAAGAGUUUAACUUCCACAGCCUGAAUCCUUUUUUAAAGACUUCUUGUUGUUAAUAUGUCAAUAUACAAUACAGCUUUUGUUCAAAAUCGCAAUGAUACCCACGGUUUAUCUUUACAAAAUAACUCAUCACUUACUGCCCUUACCCAAAGCAGCAGACUUACGCAACAUAUGAAGUCAGAGAAGCCUGAGUGUGAAAAUGAUCCAUUUCUAAAAUCUCUAAGUAAAAUAAAAGAAGUAAAUAGAACCUAUGUUAUUUCAGCCUGUAAAAAAGUACAAGAUGCACCUCUCACACCUCACUUGGAAGGCAGAUUGGCACUCCAAAGAAGAACUAGAAAAAUUCAAGAACCACCUCUGCUUGGUAGUCAGCUGCAGGAAGAAACAACAGAACAACUUACAUUGCAACGUCGAAUAACAACAGACUCUAUGGAAAAGUGUAAGACAAAUAAAAAUGUUCCUGAUGCAGUCGAUAAUAAGAAGUCUGUUUUGGAACAGAGUAAUAAAAAUGUAAAGGCAACAAACUCUUUUGUUAAAUCUGUUUCAUCUGUAGCUGAAGAUAUAAAACAAAGAAAAACAACUAUAGAUGAAAAGAACAAAGAAAAAUGUUCAGCUCCCAGUGCAGAAAAUGGAAGCCUUUUACAUGAUAGGUGUUCUGCUUUUCAAGUAUUUGAGUCACAGAGUCAAAAUGAAGUUAGUAGAUUAGGACAUUCAACAGUAACAAAGUCAAUUCAGAACACAUCAGAUAUAAAGAUAAUUACAACAGGAAACUUAAGUAAUAGAAGUGUUGGAAAGGAAACAGUGAAAAACUUGAGUAAUAAAUUUGGAAGCAUGGAAAAACCAAGAACACCCCGACGAUGGAUUGUGGAGGAAAACAAAUUUACACCAAAAAGUAGUACUCCUCAGGGGAGAAUCACAGCUUUGUCAGUUCCAAAAAACAGGACAUGUCUUCAAAUUCUGCAAAACCAAAAAAGUACAACUAGUUCAUUUCUUGAAAAUAAAAGUAAAAGAUCACAAGAAAAUACCUUACUGAGAGAAGAAACCAUAAUUCAGAACACGUUUAGACAAUCAAAUCUUUUGAAGGUAGAGAAUAGUCAAGUGACAGUGGCUGUACGAGUAAGACCCUUCAGCAGCAGAGAGAAAACUGAAAAAGCAACCCAGGUAGUCUUCAUGAAUGGUCAAGAGAUAACUGUGCAACAUCCCGACAUGAAACAAACCUAUAAUUUUGUUUAUGACUUUUCAUUCUGGUCUUUUGACAAAUGUCAUUCUAACUAUGCAAGCCAGAUGACAGUCUAUGAGACUUUAGCAGUGCCACUCUUGGAAAGAGCUUUUGAAGGAUAUAACACUUGUCUCUUUGCUUAUGGACAGACCGGCUCUGGAAAAUCAUAUACAAUGAUGGGGUUUGGUGAAGAACUUGGUAUAAUUCCCAGAUUUUGUGAAGAUCUCUUUUCUCAAGUAGCCAAAAAAGAAACACAAGAGGUCUCCUAUCACCUUGAAAUGAGUUUCUUUGAAAUCUACAAUGAAAAAAUUCAUGAUCUACUUGUUUGUAAAGCUGAAAAUGGACAGAAGAAGCAACCUCUCAGAGUAAGAGAGCACCCAGUUUCCGGACCCUAUGUAGAAGCUCUUUCAGUGAAUGUUGUCAGUUCUUACUCUGAUGUCCAGAGUUGGCUUGAAUUGGGAAAUAAACAAAGAGCAACUGCUGCUACUGGUAUGAAUGACAAAAGUUCCCGUUCACAUUCGGUUUUUACUUUGGUGAUGACCCAAACAAAGACUGAAUUUGUGGAAGAGGAAGAACAUGAUCGCAGGAUCAUCAGUCGCAUAAAUCUAAUUGAUCUGGCGGGCAGUGAGCGCUGCUCAGCAACUCAGACUAGUGGGGAGAGGCUAAAGGAAGGUGUGAGUAUUAACAAGUCACUCUUAACUUUGGGAAAGGUUAUUUCUGCUCUCUCUGAGCAAGCAAACCGAAAAAAAAUUUUUAUUCCUUAUCGUGAAUCUGUUCUUACUUGGUUGUUAAAAGAAAGCUUGGGUGGAAAUUCCAAAACUGCGAUGAUUGCUACAGUUAGCCCCGCUGCUAGUAAUGUGGAAGAAACAUUAAGCACACUUCGAUAUGCUAAGCAAGCUGGUCUGAUAAUCAACAUUGCCAAAGUAAAUGAAGACGUGAAUGCCAAGUUAAUUAGAGAACUAAAAGCAGAAAUUGAAAAACUGAAAGCCACUCAACGAAACACUAGGAAUAUUGACCCUGAACGAUACAGACGUUGUCAGCAAGAAAUAACUUCCUUAAGAAUGAAACUUCAUCAGCAAGAAAAGGAUAUAGCAGAAAUGCAGAGGGCAUGGAGAGAAAAACUUGAACAAGCAGAAAAAAGAAAGCUUCAAGAAACAAAGGAGUUGCAGAAAGCGGGAAUUACAUUCAAAAUGGAUAACCGUUUACCAAACCUUGUCAAUCUCAAUGAAGAUCCACAACUAUCAGAGAUGUUACUCUAUAUGAUAAAAGAAGGAAAAACUACUGUUGGGAAGUACAAGCCAAACUCAGGUCAUGAUAUUCAGUUAUCAGGGGUGCUAAUUGCUGAUGAUCACUGCAUUAUUGAAAAUUUUGAUGGAACAGUCAGUAUUAUUCCACUAGGAGAUGCAAAAACAUAUGUUAAUGGAAAACAUAUUUCAGAAUCCACAAUUCUGCAUCAUGGUGAUCGUGUCAUUCUUGGUGGAGAUCAUUAUUUUAGAUUUAAUCACCCAGUAGAAGUACAGAAAGGAAAAAUAUCAUUUUGUGGGUCUGUUCUUACAAAUGAUUGUCCAAAAGACUUUGAGUUUGCAAAAAAUGAAUUGCUUAUGGCUCAGAGAUCACAACUUGAAGCAGAAAUAGAAGAGGCACGGCUAAAAGCUAAGGAAGAAAUGAUGCAAGGAAUCCAGAUUGCAAAAGAAAUGGCUCAGCAAGAGCUGUCUUCUCAAAGAGCUGCCUAUGAAAGUAAAAUAAAAGCCUUGGAAACAGAACUGAAAGAAGAAUCUGAGAGGAAAAAAAUGCAGGAAAUGAAUAACCAGAAGGCUAAUGACAAAAUACAGGAAUUAGAAAAAGCAAAACAGCAUCUCGAACAGAAGGUCCAUGUUAAUAAGAAGCGAUUAGAAAUGGAGACUUUGGCUACAAAACAGGCCUUAGAAGAUCAUACUGUUCGGCAUGUGAAGAUUCUUGAAGCUUUGGAGGCUGAGAAGCAGAAAAUUGUUAAAGAAGUACAGAUUCUGCAACAGAAUCGGAAUACCAAGGAUAAAAUAUUAACAAUUCAGCCUAAUUGGAAUUUCAUGAAGCUCUCAAUGAUGAUCCAAGAAGCCAACACCAUCAGCAACAAAUUAAGAAAAUAUUAUGUUUUUUGUAGGCAUGAUGUAUCAAGCAAAGGAAAUAGUACCGAGCCUUCUGUUCAGGUUCAGGUUCGUAAUGUUCAACUGGGAAUCUCAACUUUCUGGAGCCUGGAAAAGUUUGAAUCUAAACUUGCAGCAAUGAAAGAACUCUAUGAGAAUAAUAGUAGUAUUAAGGGUGAAGAUAUCUUUUAUGAUCCAGAAGAUGAAUGGGAACCCGAUUUAGCAAAUACUGCAGUCUCUUCAUUUUCUAGAAGGAGGAGCAGGAGUUUGAUGAAGAAUAGGAGAAUUUCUGGAUGUUUGCAAGGUAUAAAAGUCCAUCCAGGUCAGAAUCAGAACUCUUCACAUUCAUCAGGUUUGAUGGAGAAAUCAGACAGCAUUUAUUCAAACUCAGCAGAAUCUUUCUUGCCUGGAAUUUGCAAGGAAUUGAUUGGUUCAGCAUUAGAUUUCCUUAGUCAAAGUGAUGAUGAGGAAAAAACUGUGGCAGACAGCUUAAUUACCAGUUUUCUUAAAAUUCAUUCUUGUAUGACUGCCAUUUCCAAAGCUUAUGAACAACAAGAUGAAGAAAGUCAAGAUAACUUUUUUUCUACUGAUCGAGCAAUCCAGUCAUUUUGUAUACAGAUGACAUCUGCUUUUGAACAGCUUGUUAUUCUAACCAAACAUUGGCUUGAUGAUUUUCCACAGUCAGCUUCAAGACCUGAUGAUGACUUGACACAGGAAGUUAAAAAAUUGGGAGGGUACUUACAAUUAUUUUUGCAGGGGUGCUAUUCGGAUAUUUCCUCAAUGGUGAAUGAGGUUCAGAAGAAAAUUAUCCAAACCAUGCUACAGGCAUUAAAAUAUGCGGGACAGUUAGCAGUUCUUAAAGGAGCCAAAUUUCAUCUUUCGGAAGACAAUAGGGAUGAAGUGGUGAAUCUUGAGGAGGACUUCAUAAAUGCCAUUUGUGAUGGAGUGAGGUUUGGUAUGAACAUUCUUUUGGAUUCUGGACUAGAAAAAAUGAGGCAGCUUCAACAAGAACUUGAACUCUUAGGACAGUGCCCACAAAAUAAGGUUAUAGAAAAGAUGAAAACUAAUGCUGUAGCAUUGACCAGAUCCGUUGAAAAUACUAUUGCUGGUUGGAAAAAGAAGGAUUUUAGAGCUCAAGCUAAAGAAGAGGAGUCGGUACAGCAAGAUGUGAAGAAGCUAAUUAAUCUUGCUACAGAAUUCUUGAAGUUGAAGCAUUGCUUAGAACAAAUUAGUCAAAUUGUUAUUUCUGCAUUGAAAGGAUUAGGAUCCUCCAAUGAUGUUAUUCUGUUCAAGAGUUGUGUUGAAAAUAUUUGCAACUUGGCCAGGCAUUUUAAUGAUAAGUUCAGUCUAUUUACAUCACUUUCUGAUUCAACAAAUGCCUAUGAUGAUAGAAUAUCUGAUGUUGCCUUCAGGGAAUUACAGUCUCUGGCCAAAUCGCUCCUCUUGGAUUUUGAAUCUGAAGAAACAUUUGACUUGGUAAAACCCAAGGAAAUAUUUAAACAAAAUAGUAAGGAUGAAGAAAACCACAAACUAACAGGCACUGAAUCUACUAGGAGUAAAGGUGUACCAAAAUGUGUCUAUGAACUUCAGCCUCCAUCUUCUGCUCUUUGCACAGGGGACCUUUCACCCACUAAUAUUCAGUGGGUAUAAACUCAUAUGUGUCUAUAUAUUUUGUGACUACCCAAGGAUGAAAAAGAACAUUUGAUAAAUCACUUUGUUAAUGCAGGAGGAAAUUUUGCAUAAGGAAAAAAAAAAGCUCAGUACCUCAUACAAGUUCAUAACAUAUUAGUUAACAUUAUAUUGGGCUUGAAGAACUUGUUUACCACGUGAAAGUAAAGGAAUGUAUGUACGUGACACCUACAAAGCCACUUGACAAUUUUCCCCUGAUGAUAAAUCAGCAGGGACAUCAAAGAUACCCUAUUAAACAAGCACUUAGUUAAUUGAGAGUUCUUGGAAUAUCAUAAACAAAAUCCCAAAAUAUUUAUGACAAAAUGAAAUAGGGAAUCCAAGACCAAAUGCGUGGUCAUGUCUUUAGCCUCUGAUAGAAUGAUAUUGCUUUGUGGUGCUAGGAGUUUGAGGUUUUGAUACUAGCUAUUUCCCCAAAUACCCAGUCACUGGUUCGUUAGCUAUAUUCAGUGGUUCCCUAAAGGUGGGAAAUAUGAACAGUCGGUAAAAUGUGUAGGCAUAUCUUUUCUUUUCAGCUAAGAAGGGUUUGUAGAAACCUGAAAAUAACAGGAAUAUGUCUUUUAAGAGGGGUUGCCAAUGAGAACUUAGCUCCAGCAAUUUAAAUUGCAUUGCAGCUGUUAUUCUUCUCAAGGCCUUGCAUCAUUUUUUAAAAAUAAAAUGCUCAGGACUAUAGUUUUCCUAAUUUUCCCUUAGCUAUAAAGACCUUUAUCAAAACAUACAUAUUUGAUGUUUUCAUUUCAUUAUACUCCAAUGAUUUCCUUCUAGCCCUUACUAAAAGUGUCAAAGUUUAGGCAAGCAGUAGGAACGAAUUUUCUGUCAUAGUUGCCUUUAAAAAGGUGUGUGCCUAUGUAGUGUUUGUAGGAUCUUAUGAAUGAAGGUGUAAAGUCUGAAUUUUAAUCUAAGAAAAGAUAGAAUAUGUGCAUACAUUUGUAGAACCCCUUAUCUUAGUUUAUCAUUAUCUUACACUUUCCCUUGAUAACUUUAAAGUAGCUAUAGAGCCAGAAGUAUACUCAAGAUAACAUUUUCUGAAAAUUUGGGAGGCAGUGUCCUAUUUGUUUUUCUUUGUUUUUAAUUAUUUUUUCAAUUUUUCAAUUUUUAAUUUUUUUUUAGUCCAAUUCUUUAAUUCAUCAAUGUUUAUAAUUAGUGUUGUUUCAUUUUCAUGUCCUAGAGAAUGAUGCCAAAUGGGUAUCUUUGUUUCCUUAAGCAGUGAUUCAGUUAACUAAAGAAAAUCACCUUUCCCCUAAGAUCGAAAUCUACAUCAUAAUAGGAGGGACAUUUUCUCUCCUUUUUAGCAGAUCUUUUAUACCUAAUUAAAAAUUGCACACUGAUGUCAGAAUCUGAGCCUGCUACUGAAAAAACUUAAAAGAAUGAAAGGUAGGACUUUUCACCAAUGGCACAAUUGUUUCAUUAUGGACUUAAAUGAAGAAUUUGUUGUUGGAUGGAAACGGAAGCCCUUUUGAGACACUUGGGCAUGGGAACAAGAAGGUCAUUUAACUUUUAGGAUCUUGGGAAAAAAUAAAAUUAAAUGUCUCUGAACUGCUUAAGGAAUGUGGGUAAUUUGUGAUUCUGUGUGGUUGGGCUGAAGACACCAUUUUCACAAUAUUGAAUAGUUCCUGGAAAGCAGCUCUUUUAAGCAACACAAGCACUUUGCUUUUUUUUCCCUCUUAAAUACUGGUAUAGCACAUUACUUGUCUAGAAGAAAUUGGCUGCUUGGGAUAAUGCAUCUAAUAAUUGUUUUAUUAAUGGAACACUUCCAAUGAGCUUCUGCCAUUUUGCCUUCAUAAUUACAUGAUCUGAAUGUUAUUUUCAAUAUGUCCCAAAUUGAAUUUGCUUUGUUGCAUUUGAACUGUUGCAUUUUUUCUAAACCUCAACAUAUUUUAAAUAAAUUCUCUGUACUGUAAUUUUGCCUCCUAAGUUUUUCAGAAGUUUGGAUAUUUAUGUAUGCUUUAUUUUUUGCUUAGAAGUAGCACACAUUUGGUGUUUCUCUUAAAAUAUCAGCACAGUGAUUUACUAAUUCAUGAACUCUCUAAAGCAGGUUUUGUCUUUAUGUUCAUUAUUGUAAUCUUUACCUCAUCCCUUUUAAACCCAGUACUACAUUGGUCAAAACUUUGUAAAGUCUUUGUAUAUCUUUUGUAUGUAUUUAUAUUCUCAAAUAAUUGUCCCUAUAUUUGAAUGGGCUAUGAAACAUAUAUUUUGCUAUUCAGAAUCAUGUGAGUAACUGUAAAAUAUUGUAACAAAAAUGCUAUUAAUAAAUCUC